UACCACUGUGUGCUAUGUGCCGUAUCGCGAGAUGGAGGCACCUGACCCGAUCACCUCUUCACCCCGAGGAAGUCUUGCGACGCGACUUUAUAUCCGAUGGACGUCAUUGGCGACGUAGCUUGAAUAUUUUAGAACGUCGUUUAUUAAGAAUGUCCAUCCGUUCCGCGAGCACUCUCCGAUAUUAAUCGAUCACACGCCGUAAAGUGGCACGAUUCAAUUUCCCCGCUGUUAGCGUAAAUAAGAGUCUCUCGCGUGACGUUUAAUCAAUCCGGAAUUACAAUAUAGUCGUGUAAUAACGAGGAGACCUGCCGAUGCGCGAUCGAUGGAAAGAAAUUCUUUUUGUUGUUGCAGCCGCGGACUCUUGCUUAAUGUUCCAGUUCGUGGAGCAGGUCCGGCGGAAUUUCCCUUGCCGAAUAUGCGCAUAUACGGCGGCUCAUAAUGUCGCGUGUACACACAUGCUGAAAUAUUUGUAUAGUGUCAGCUCAAUCAUACGUGGCUACAUCCAUAUAUCGAUCAUUUCCAUAGGGGGUCAGUAGUGGAGUAACGUUCCACCUGUCAGUCGGACACAUAGUAGUUCCUACUACUUCCAGACGUGAUACAUUCAGUAGUUCGUAUCUCUUAGGUGGAGCACGUUCCUACACGGCUAUGUUCUCGUCGACACUCCUCGAGUAAGGCAAAAGGAAUAUUUAAAUCAAAUUAAUUAUCAUUAUGAAGCACCAACAAGUAACCGUAGACAUGACGAACAUGGUGUUUACCGCUUGCUCCUAUCUGGCACUCGCCGGAGCGGUCUGGAUAUUUUUGCGGCUGAUCCAGGCCUGCUUUUGGCUGCCGAAACAUUUAAAAAGGCAAAAUGAUGUUCAAAGAAUGUUGCAAGAUAAGGUGGAAAGUUAUGAGAAAUACGUGCUAGAAUGCGAGGAGAAGGAAAGGGCGGAGAUGUUGGAUCAGAUCGACGACGAGAAGAAGAAUCUCGAGAUGACGGAGAAGUGGAAGGAACGGCGGGAAUGCCUCGACAUGCUCAAGCGAGAGCUAGAUAGAGUUCGCGAGGGUAAAGACAUGUCCGAUUGGGACGCCUUGCUGGACGAGGAGCUGAAGAAGCACGAGCUCGAGUCGAAAAUCCUGGAGGAGGAGGAGGAAGAGGAACUCUCUAAGAACGACAUUAACAAAGAGAAAAGCGACUGCAGUGAGAAAGAGGUAAAGAAAAUCGAGCUCAAUACCGAACCGAAGAAGAAAAAGUAACAACGAUUGUCUGUGUCUUGAAAGUGCCUUAAAUUCCGAAACCUAACGAGAUAAUUGUUUCUUCACAAGAAACAAUUGCGUAAAAACAAGAAAAAAACGAAUCUCCCCUCGCAAAUAAAUUUUUGAAAUAUUCUGUAUUAAAUAUUCAUGUAUUUAAUAAUCAAGGCGCGUAAUAAUCAAAUGAUCAAAAGACAUCUCACAAUCAGUACAUUCGGAAUGCGCGGGAAAAUCGGAAUUGUUUAAAUAAUUGCAAUUUUACCGAUAAUCUGAAAAUUUAGUCGCUUUGCUAAUAUACAGAGAGGACAUAGUUUUAAUCCAAGUCAAAUCUCAAUUCGAUUAAUCGUUACGAGUGAGGAGUGAUUUACACGAAAUUACAUGUAAUCGAUACCUAUAGGAAGUAUCUCCCGUGUAUUAUAUGACGAUCGCAUUACAGUUACAGAGAGAUAAAAAUAGCUGUAAGCGCAUACAUGUAAAUGUGGCGGUUCCAAAGCAGAAAUUAUAAAUACGUAAUAUUAUUCUUACACAUGUAUAUUAUGAAUAAGGAAUUAAAGUGAUAACUUUUCAGCAUUCAGUAAUCCGAGAGUGAAAAUGACGAGAGUUUAGACGUACAAAUCAUUAAUUAAGCCACUGAAUUUGUUUCGCCAUUAUCGCGAUCGAUAUGCGGAGUAAAUCGUGAAUCGUCUACUUCGACGGACUCGUACCCGCUUUUAAUACAUGUCACGCUUAUCGAUAUUCUCUCUCUACGUGCGCAUUAAUAAUAUACAUCUCCAAUUUACUUAAUCGUCACGGAGCUGCGCGCGACGACGCUGCCAUAACCGAUGCUCAGUCGUAAAUAAUUAAUGCAAUGGGCAUUUCGAUAUUUACUCACAUAUCAUAUCUCUCGUCGUGACGAACAAGCGGGACGAUAUAUAUUAGCGGCGUUACGUUUACUCUUUUCGCGCUCAAAACGUGUGGAUAUUUUAAUUACGAAACGUUUUAGAUAUAGGAUCUAUAGAGGAUCACGUUUUCGCAAUUGUAUAAGAGAAUAAUAUUAUAUAUAUAUAUAGAAGAGAAUUAUAUUGCAAUGUAUGACAAUUUGUAUACAACGUGCAAUUUGUUGACUCUGUGUGUUUUUAUAUUAUAACAUAAAUUACGUACGAAACGUAUACACGCGCAACACACACGUACACGCAACAACUUUGAUUGUAAAAUCAAUAAAAUGAUAAGUAGUUAGGACAUUCGAGAA